CGGAAGCAGUGCCGAGUGAGCAGAGCAAAAUGUCGAGUCAAGAGAAGUCUGUGCAGGAGUUUGUAGCUGUGACUGAUGUUGACGAGGACAGGGCCCGCUUCUUCUUGGAGUCCGCUGGUUGGAAUUUGGAGCUUGCACUUGGUAGUUUCUAUGAAGAUGGAGCUGAUGAUGACAUUGUAUCAUUGCCUCAACCUGACGGAGGCUCCUCAGUGUCCAGAUCCACUGGCCCAAGCUCUCAGCAUAGAGUGACAUCAUUCAGCGAUUUGAUGCACGAGGCAGAAGAAGAGAGUGAUGAAGAGGAAGGUCAGAGGUUCUUUGCAGGGGGAUCAGAGCGCAGUGGGCAGCAAAUAGUAGGGCCUCCUAAAAAGAAGAGUCCUAAUGAUGUUGUCGAAGAUCUAUUCAAAGGGGCCAGAGAACACGGAGCUGUGCCUUUGGAGCGCAGUGGGAAGGGGGCAGGAGAAUCCAGCAGAGCCAAAGCCUUCGAUGGAGGCGGUUACAGGCUGGGAGCAGCUACCGAGGAGGAGUCAACAUAUGUUUCUGCUGGGAGACGCGAUCCCAAUGCUUUACAGGAUGUGCAUGUGGUACUGAAACUCUGGAAGACCGGUUUUAGUCUGGAUGAUGGCGAACUCCGAAACUACAAUGAUCCUGGCAACGCUCACUUCCUUGAGGCAAUCCGCAGAGGGGAGAUUCCUUUAGAGCUGAGGCAACGUUCUCGGGGCGGCCAGGUAAACCUGGACAUGGAAGACCACAGGGACGAGGACUUCAGCAAACCCAAAAUAGCUUUCAGAGCCUUUGGAGGGGAGGGACAAAAACUAGGAAGUGCCGCUCCAGAAUUGGUUUCAGCCCCUGCCACCUCUCAGCAGGACCAGGCUGCGAACGAAGCCCAAGCCAGUGCCUCUGUGAGCCUGGACACCUCCCAGCCUAUCACGAACAUUCAGAUUCGACUGGCAGAUGGCGGCAGGUUGAUUCAAAAAUUCAACCACACCCACAGGGUGUCUGACCUGCGGCAGUUUGUGGUGACGGCCCGGCCAACCAUGGCCGCCAGAGCGUUCGUUCUGAUGACCACCUUCCCGAACAAAGAGCUGGCGGACGAGAGCCAGACGCUGCUUCAGGCCAACCUCCUCAAUGCUGUCAUUGUACAGCAGCUACAAUGAGGGCUGUAGCGAAGACAUCCGCCCAAAACCCUGGCGGUCACCUUUCUGACCCUUGAAACCUGCUGCCCCUCCCAUUCCUGAGGAGGAUGAGACACAGACUUUUGUUUGGACCUCUAAUUUCUCGUUUUUGUUUUGUAAAAUUAAUUAUUCCUGGCAUUGAUGUGUCAUCCACGCUGACAGCAGAAGAGGAUAUGUUGCCGAUUUUCCAGUUUUGACAUCUCCAUGGUAAAGUAGCAGAGUUCAGUCUUUUAGUUCUAUACUAUGGGAAGGCCUCUAUUGUGGUUGCCAUUGCUUAUCUGGAGUAAACUGACAAAUAUCUUUAGCCUCACAAAUCCAGGACUCCCAAGCCAGCACACCUAUAAGUCCCUUUUUCUCCAAAUUGGUAAUGACCCGUCCCCAUUCCCCUCUUCUUUUAAUUUACAGUGUAUCAAGAUUCCUCCAGCGAGACUGCGGGUUUUUGUGUGUUAUCACCAAUAGUUGUUUUAUUAAUACAUCCUGAGUAUUUGAGUAACAACAGAACAUAAUCUGGAUAUUAAACACUGGGUAGUAGCUGUGAAGGGUGGACAUCUAUGCAUCCCGGGGCAACAUGGGAAUAUGUUCGGACCUCUGAGAAAAAAUAUCCAUUUUUAUGCUCUGUGUAUCAAGAUGCGAGGGUCUUGUGUUUUCCCACAUUGUUGGGAAAUACCUGGAGAUAUCUGGAAAUUUUCAUUGUGAUUAUAGAAAUAAAUGCCAUACUGUAUUUUGGAUCCACCUCGA